AUGGCGGAGCGGCUGUCGGAGGAGAAGAUCGCCGAGUUCAAGGAAGCCUUCUCCCUCUUCGACCGCGACGGCGACGGCCGCAUCAGCGCCGAGGAGCUGGGCACCGUCAUGCGCUCGCUGGGCCAGAACCCCACCCAGGCCGAGCUGCGGGCCGUGGCGGGCGAGCUGGAGGCCGACGGCGGCGGCGUCGACUUCGCCGAGUUCCUGUCGCUGAUGGCCAGGAGGACGAGGGAGGCGGACGGCGAGGAGGAGAUCCGCGAGGCUUUCCGCGUCUUCGACAAGGACGGCAACGGCUACAUCAGCGCGGCGGAGCUGCGGCACGUGAUGACCAACCUGGGCGAGAAGCUGACGGACGAGGAGGUGGACGAGAUGAUCAAGGAGGCCGACCGCAACGACGACGGCCAGGUCAACUACGAGGAGUUCGUGAGGAUGAUGACGGAGAAGUGACGGCCCCGUUCCGCAGGUAACUCCUCCGGG